UCGCUCUGCGUUUGUUUACAUUGGUUUUCACUUCUGCCCUGCUUCUGGUCGGCGCGCUAGCAAACCGGAGACAAACGGACCGCGUUGUGCCGCUUUGACAUUUUAAAAGUUUCGUAGUUUGGACCGCGACGUGCGGACAAACGGAUCGGCUCGUGAGCAUUCUUCAUGCUGUAUUCAGGAGUCCGUGCAGGUGUUAGUAAAUCAGAGUGCUGUCAGGAGGACGUCAUUUGUACCGAAACGGAAGUAACGUAUCACGAUCUGCAACUGGCAACGUGUUUUAUUUCGUUAUCCACACUACCGGGGUGAUUUUCCUACCUAUUAAAACAAAGUAUGACUCAUGUGCCAUUAGAAAAAAAGAACACAUUGCCUCAUAGUGUUACAACUAGCAGCAUUGGUCUGACACUGAUGAAUUAUCCUCAUCAGCUGGACAAACUUUAUAUUUAACAGUCAUAACUAAUAUGCUGCAUACUAUUCAUGCUUUAAAACAACAGACCGCUGUCAUGUAGUUGAACCUUUUUGUACCGCAGUCAACUCGUGCUGCGAGCUGGACGCAGUUGGACGGCUCAUAAAAAGUGAUAACAUGCUGCACUUGACGCAGUGCCAUGUCACCCUGUUCGACCUGGGGGGGGGGGGGGGGAUCUCUUACGUCGGCCUCACUGGGCUGACCGGACUUUGACCACAUCAGGCUGCUGCAGGGAUCACAACGCUGCUCUUAAGUCACACGCUGCAGCAACAACAUGCUGCCUUCCAUGUCUUCUGUUAUAGUUCUUUCCAUCGUCCACCCACUUGUCCUGUCUUGUAAGAUCUGUAAUUUAAGGUUGAUUGCAGUCGGACACAGAUGGUCGGUAUCUUGAGGCUGCAGGACACAAUGCCGGUAGAGAGGAUGAGGAUGAGGCCUUGGCUGGAGGAACAGAUCGAUUCCUGUCAGAUACCAGGACUCAAAUGGGUUAACAAAGAAAAGCGAAUUUUCCAGAUCCCGUGGAUGCAUGCUGCGCGUCAUGGCUGGGACCUGGAGAAAGAUGCUCCGCUCUUCAUGAGAUGGGCCAUACACACAGGUAAAUACCAGCCAGGCACAGACCGUCCAGAUCCCAAAACGUGGAAGGCCAACUUCCGCUGUGCCAUGAACAGCCUGCCGGACAUCGAGGAGGUGAAGGACAAAAGCAUCAAAAAGGGAACAAACGCCUUCCGGGUGUAUAAGAUGCUGUCCUCCUCAGAGAGAAGCAUGAAGAAAGGAAAGAAGAAGACUGACAAGGAGGGUCGGCCCAAGGCAAAUAAACAGGUAGCGUCUCCGUCUGCAGACGCUCCCGUGGGACCGAUAGCCUACACCACGCAGGACAUAAUCAAACUGGAAGUGAUCAAAGAGGAACCACCAGAGUUUACUCUGAUGGACAGUGCCUCAGCCAUUCACGGUUCAGUAGAAGACCACAUGAUCGCCAGCGAGCAGCUGCCAUUCGUCUGUCAGACCAUCGAAGUGACCACUGAGAACGAAGAGCAGACUGUGAGCUCCUCCCACUCCUACCCGCUCCAGAUCUCCCCGGUGUCUUCGUGCGGCGGGAGCGACACAGACAGUGACACAGAGGACAACAAAGACGAUGUCGGCGUGGGGUGGAGGCGGGACUACAACACGCCAGUCCUCAGGGUUCCCACGUGUUCCCUACCCGGCAUGGCGAGCUUCGUCAGCGCCAGCAAGCCCAACUUCCGGGUCACCAGCACGCGAGACCCGACCCCGCUCAUCAGCUACCACACUGACGGCUGGACGCCGAGCUACGGCGGGAACUCCCCGGCGUCGCCAGCCAGCCACACCCACGAGAUGCGCGCGAGUGUCAUCAUGAAAACGUCGGAUGUGACGCCCUCCUGACCUCCGACCCCCAAGCGAGGGCGCGUCGUCGCUGCUUCAAGGGCGUAGGAACGACAGAGAUACUUUGUUACCUCCAUCGGGGGAGAAGGGGCGUGGAGCACUCACCUCGCUACUGCGUGGCGUCUCUCAGUGUUCUGACUGGUGAUGCUGUGAUUUAUUACUCCGCCCCUUUUUGAAUGUGCGGGUCUGCGUGAUGUAAAUGUGGCCGAGGGUAGAAUGAUGUACAUGUGGAGUUCACGGUCAUCCACAUCCGUUUUGGACACUAUCCGGCCACUGUUUGGAAAGCAUGAUGGGUCACAUGUCCCCGGUAGACCGUGUCCUCUGCUGCUUUGUGCACCCAAACGUACAGCAUGCCCAAGGAAAUUUGCCACUGAUGGAAUGAGAGAAAACUGUCUUUUAGUUGUUCUUUGAGUCAGGAUUGCCUUUAGUGUGACGCUACAUCCAUCAGCUGUGUUGUGCUUUUUAUCCGUAUACAUUCAAACUAAUGGUUCCUCGCUGUUCAUCAUAGAAAGCUUUUUUUGUUGUUGUUGUACUUAAUUAAGUAUUUUAUUUCUGAAUCAACACCUUUUACAUGUCGUCUCACCGUGAGGCAUUAGAACUGAUCACCUGCCGUCUCAGAGCAGUGUCAGCAUGACACUAAACGCUUUACCGGAGCCCGUGGCUGGUACAGAGAGCGGCCCACACGGAGGUGCAGCAGAGUCACCAGGGACAACAUAACUCUCCUCGGCCCCCUGGCCUUAAUAAUGUACAUAGCUCGUGUGUAUGGCAGCUUUAGCACCUUACAGUCAGCUGUGUGUGUGUCGUUGAAGCGGUGUAGCUGGAUCCCAGCUAUCUGUGAUUUAGUCUGCCGCACGCAGGAGGCUUUCAGGAAUGUAAUGGCAGUGUUUUCUUUUAAAGGGAGGCGGAGAGGUUUGUGUGCGUGCGUGCGUGCACACACACUGCGAACGUGUCCUGACCCGGUUAACUGGGUUCCAACGGCACAAACAUCCUCUCACACGUCGGAGGGUUUAGAGGAAGGAGGCUGAAUCUCAGGGUUUAGACGUCCACUUUAACUUCCUGACAGCGAUCUGCCGACGAUCGUGCACGUCCUGAAGUGAGCGUGUCCCUGUGCGAUAGCGGCGGAUGGAGUGGGGGCUCCGGGGGACUGCAUCAUCAGCAGAGGCCGUGGUGCUGACGGUUUUUAGUCCGGCUCUAAACUCCCGUCUCCCUCUUUUUCUCUGAUCCUCUCUAACUUGUAGCACUUAGCCACUCACCUUCAUCCUGACGUCUUUAAGAGCUAUUUUGAGGCCUUCAAUGCAAGUGUGUGCACAGAAUGACAAACAAUGGCUACAGAAUCGAAGAUAUUCCAAGUUUUUUUUUUUUCAAAGGUAUUAUUAGCGCAAGCCUAGCUUAGCGAUGUAUGAAUCCAUCUGAACGAAGAAAAAAAAAGAAGCAUCAAGUGUAGUGUUAAGUUAUGACUCGAGUAUCAGAAAGGCUACGUGUGCUAGCAGCUAGCGUGCCACAGGACAAUUCGAGCAGGACAAAUAGGAAUCUGCCAAUGUUUUGAAGCCAACUACUAGAGAGACGUGCACUGGUGGAACCGAAGGCGGCGUGGCCUCAUUCCAUGGCAGACGUUGGAAUGGGCGUUUCUCUCCAUGUGCCUUUUUGAUUUUCUUUAUUCCUUGUGCUUGCACUUCUUUAUUGUUUUUGUUGUGCUUUGUUUUGUGAACACCUGCCUUUUCUUUUUUCUACUUACGAAUGCAUUUUUAUCCUAAUGAGCUUUUCUUUCUUUUUUGUGAAUCCCCAUGCCAUUAACUGUAAGUAAAAAUCCAAUGUGCCUGAAGACUAAAGGCUCUACGUGUUGCUGUGCACACAAACAGAACGCUUCAAAUAUGGAAGUCUGGGGCCGCGGCUCCAGACCCGCUCUGUGAUUCACUUUAAAGGAAUCACUCAAGUGCUCUUUCUCAAGUCGAGUCCGUUUCCCAUUUGUCACGUAUGCAAAGGGCACGGCGUCGCAGCCGAAGGUCGAGCUUGACGAGGUGUAAUGAUGUGGUUAGAGAAAAAGUGUCUGGUGGUGUAGUCCCGGCCUGCUUUCUGCUCUCUGCCAAUCAGCAGCCAGUAAAAGGGCCGCGGGCGUCUCCGAGGAAAACGCGCUCAGUUCACAGAAACAACCGAACCGCUCAGCCACUCGCUGCUCUGUGUAUGCAAUGGAAACUACUAGUGAAUCAACAUGUACAUCUGAAUAAUGAAGACGUUUUUUUUUUUUAUUCUCCGGUGUCUGUGCUGUAUCACUGCUGACGGUUUAUACGGGAAACGAGUCCAGUUUCAUUGCUCAUGAGAAUCUUUACAUCUGAUCUGAACAAAGCGUGCAUGUUAAGGACAUUACGAAUAAAACCUUGUUUCUAAGUCAGAAAUGACAACAGAUCAUGUCUUAGAACCAACAGACCUAA